AAUGCCACGACCACGCCAUUGGCUAGGUGGACGCCGACGACCGGACGUACCUUCCGCCAAGAUAUCGGUACCUGGCUUUGUUUGCUGGAGAUAUCUGCGCUCAUCGGAGGAGAGUGUUACAUGCGGUCAAGGGCGCGUGUUGCUCUACAGCAUAUAAUGUUCCCCGGCCUGCUCUCAGCUAGUCCAGAAUCACAGCGCGUUCUCGCUGCCUACCGAUUUAUUGUCCACCUCAACACUUCAUAUUCUACUACCCUUAGGCAUGUCCUUUGAUACCACCGUCGUUAGUAGCGGUCCGCAAGAUACGGUAACCACGCCUAUAUUCGGUCGGACCCUUGCUACGGUUCCGCUGCCCCGCAAGCAUGCCGAGACUUUCAAACCUGAGUUCGAGUUUGGCGAGCACGGCUACAUCGGUGACGCCAUUACCCUCACUCUUGCCGUGGUGACAUACGGGCAGAUUAAUGGGCUCGCAGGCGACUUCUAUGCCACGUACAACCCGAUUUGUAUGGGAAAUACAUUUGAGGACCAAAUCAAACGGUUUCAGGACGCCUAUGCAACUCUGGCGAUGGACAUAAAGCGGCAGCCGGACGAGGCGCAAGCCAUUCUCGCUGUCUUGCAGACCGAAGUCGACGUCGUAAACGAAGCUGUGCGCGUCCACAGGGACCCCUCCAUCGUGCACCACAUCAUUCCGGACGCGACGGCUACAUUUGAGCGAAUUACGUAUACGCGCUGGGGGAACCCGGGCUACCUCGGCAUCUCAGCGAUCAACUUUGACCACUUCGGAGAGGACGCGUGCACGGCGUACAACGCCGGCCAUACUUACGCACUGAGGCUAGCAUCGGCGGGCAAAUUGCUAAAGGCAUAUGCGGCAAACGCCUUUGCGGACCACUUCCUUGAGGACCUGUUCUCCGCCGGGCAUCUUCGUUCCCCACGUCGGAUGCUGCAUACGCGCGGGGGGUGGAAUCCCACUGCAGAUUUUGCCAGGCACGUUUUAUCCAUGCACGACGAGGACUGUGCCAUCGGCCUGGUGAACGCCAAGAACCUGCGGCGCUGCCAGGAUGCCGUGCAGGCGUCGGCAUCUGAGAUCUACACUGCCUCCAGGACACAUGAGGUGCCGAUCCCGCGCGACUUCCUCGCGUGGAACCACGCCCCGACGCUCGAAUCUGCAAGAGGCGAUCAAGACCUUGUGGCGCUGUUUAGGACCCCUAACCUCCGGCGGACCGACGUCGAGAAUCGGGUGCAGACAGCAUACACAGACAACUGGUGGUUCGGGUCGACGUCGAGCGUGCUCAAGGUCAGCUCGUGGUGGAGCUAUCCGAUGUCGCUCGACGGCCCGCGCAAGGUUAUCCCCUGGACCGGCCUCGCCGCAUGUAACACGGGAGCUCUGCAGAACACGAUGGUGUUCUACCAGGAUCCUGCUGGCGGCAUUCGCCUGAGCAAGAAUGUCAACGGGGCCUGGACUGGGGGUACUACUGCACCGGCGCUGGUAGCUGGCCAGUGGACGGCUGGAACGCUCGACAGGUUCGGUAUCAAGACGAAGUGGUUCAGCUCUAUGGCAGCCUCGACAUGGGCGAUUGGCGACACCAGGUACAUCCUCGACGACCCGACGGGAACAAUACGGGAGCUGAAGUACGACAGCAGCAGCCUCGAGGGCUGGCGUCUAGGCGCGACGUUGGAGGGUGCUAGGAUAGGCACCGGCCUGGCCGCCGCCGUGUCUCUGACUGCCGACCGCGCGGCGCUCAGCAAGAUCCACGUCUUCCACCAGACAACAGACGGUGUAAUCCGGGACUGCGUCUGGGACCAGAACGCUGGCACGUGGUCUCGCGAUCCUGCCGUGCAGAUUACGGAUGGCGCCCCAGCAACCCUCAUCUCCGCUGUCUCCUGGCAGAUUCCUGGCGGCGACGCCAUGGGGAUCUUCUACUCUGGGAAUGUUUUGAACCAGGUUUUCCAGAGGACCUCGAUUGAUCGUUGGGGGGCAGCACAGAUGAUUGGGACCCUGCGGCGUCUGGGUACUGCUGUCGCUGCCGUUCAGGUGGACAAUGGCAGGACGUUCCGGGCGUACGGUCAGACUGCAGAUAAUGGCAUUUUUGAGGUCAGCCAAAGUAAUGUUGGACCUGGGUGGAACAACGCUGUCAUUGCGGCUGCGUGAGGGAUUGGAUGAACCGCACAACGAACAUUAGCCAUCAUUACUUCCACUCGCUGUUCCGUAUCCGCUAACGUCCGCCUGCCUCCCAUUUUGAGUAUGCACCAGUUCACUAACUUUACUGUACAUCAUGCUCUUGUAUCCUCUUUUUCUCCACCGUAUAGUAUACUAUUCACUUUGCUUCCCUACGAUUCUCUACUCUCUAGUUUCAAAAUCAUAAAAAGCAUCAAAUCUACUUAUAACGUAUCGUCCACAUUUACACGACGCAGAACAGCCAAAAGAAAAAAGAAAGAAAGAAAAAACCAGAACCAAGCACCCUGGCCGUGUCUACACCCGCAGCACGCCCGCCUGGCGCAACCUCGGGAAGAGCCCCAACACAAAAUCGUCACAGCGAUGCCGACACGCCCCAUGAAGCCCGCUUGCCGGCGGUGCCGCGUACACGCUCACCUGCACGAGCUGCACGCCCCGCGCAUCCACGAGCGCCUGCAGCGCGUCCUCAAGCGCGCGCAUAGACGCGGCGUGCCGCCGGAGCGCCUCGAGCACGGCCGCGGCGGUCUGCGCCUUGUCCUCGAGCGCGCGCGCCGGCGCGAGCUGCAGGUGCAGGAGCUUCAGCGGAGACGCGCGGGCGCGGGCGUGGAGGGUGUGCAGGGACGCGACGAGGGGGGUCCAGGGCGAGGACGUGUCGAGGGCUUCGCCGCCCGCGAGGGAGCGCGCGCGGCGGGUGCGUGACAGCGGGACUUCGAUGGCGAUGGUGAGGGUGCGGAGGAGCGGCAGCUGGGAGAAGUCGAACGCUGGGGAGAGUGGUGUGGUGCCCUGCGACAAUACUAGGAACGGGUCGUACUAGUGGUGAGAACAUCGUAUG